UUCAUUUUCUUCUUUCUAACAAAAAAGAAGGAAACACUUUGACAUACUGACUUGCUGUUGAUGAUGCAAUGGCAUUUCUAUAUAAACCUCCUUUCUGAUAGGUUUAGAGGCAGAUAAAUCUGGUGUUCACGGUUCACUGGCUCUCUAAACUCUUAGAAAGACGGAGCAGAUUAGUUUAUCUAUAGUAGGGCUGUGUGGAUAUGGAAGAGCAACAUUUAGAAAAACUCAAAAACAAGCUGAAAGAGGUGUCUGUCCUUUCCACUGACUGUUGUAUCUUCAGGGUUCCAAAGCGACUGCGUGAAGGGAAUGAGAAGGCUUACACACCUCAGGUGGUCUCAAUUGGUCCUCUUCACCAUGGUGAAAAAGGGCUAGAAUCCAUAGAAGAGCACAAAAUUCUAUAUGUGAAAGACUUUUUGGAACGGUCCAAGGUAAGCAUCGAUGAUUGUUUCAAUACAUUAAAGCAAUGGGAAGAAAAAAUUCGUGGUUACUAUGCAGUAACCAUUGACUAUAAUGAAAAUGAGCUUGUGGAAAUUAUUAUGGUAGAUGGCAUUUUUACCUUGGAGGUUCUUCUGAGAGGUUCUUUCGAAACCUUACAAAAGAAAAAUGACCGUAUAUUUGGAAAACCAUUGAUGCAUAGGGACAUAAUAUAUGACAUGUUGUUGCUCGAAAAUCAGAUCCCAUUCUUUGUUCUCGAGUAUCUCUUGUCCUUGGCCUAUUCCACUAGUUUCUUUCCUAUGGAACACGAUACGGUUCAUGUAACAGGGCUCCCCCUCAUCAAGCUUACUCAUAGUUUCUUCAAGGAUAGGGUAUACAUUCGACCACUUGAUGAAAUCAUUUGUAAACUUGAUCAGUAUUCUGAAUCUAGAAGAAUACUACAUUUUGUUGAUUUUGUACUAAAAUGUCAUAGACCUCCACCUUUUGAUCCUCCACCGAAAAGCAAACUCCAGACUUUAACCAUACCAAGCGCAACCGAGCUGCACCAAGCUGGAGUCAAGUUCGAGAUGGUUAAGGACAAGAACUUCUUUGACAUUCAAUUUGAUAAUGGGAUUCUGAAGAUCCCACAACUCAAAAUCCGUGGUUCCUCAGAAGUUUUCUUUCGAAACCUGAUUGCCUACGAGCAGUGUGAGUUCUAUGAUCAUUACAUAAACGAUUACAUUUUCAUCAUGGACCGGUUGGUUGACAGUGCCAAGGAUGUGGAGCUGCUUCUCAAGAAAAAAAUCCUUGAAUCUAAGCUAUCUGAUAAAGAAAAAGUGGCUACUUUUAUCAGCUCGCUUAACUCGGGGCCUGUGGUGUUCAGUAAAAACUUCUACUUUACUGAUCUUUGUGAGAAGCUGAAUGCGUACUAUGAAGUCCCAUGGCACAACUGGAAGGCAAGCUUAAAACAUGACUAUUUUAGUUCUCCCUGGGCUGUGCUCUCUAUUAUUGCAGCGGUUGUUCUUCUUGUGCUCACUUUUGUUCAAACAGUGUGCUCUUUAAUGUACUGAUCAGUGUGAAGCUAGCUGCUUAUUGUAUCAAUUUGCUUCAUGAGUGUAUGUAUUUCUUGCUGUAUGUAUGCUUAAAGACUAUAAUAAUGGUGACUGUUUAUGUUGUGUUAUUUA